AUGGAUGAAGGUCGAGUUUCGGAAGGACAAGAGGGGAAAGAGAAAGAAGAGGAGGAAGAACUUGAAGAGGAAGAAGAGGAGGAAGAAGAGGAAGAGGAAUACGAAGAGGAGGAGGACGAAGAAGAAGAGGAGGAAGAAGCAGAGGACGGGGAGGAGGAGGACAUGGAGGAAGGAGAAGCAUUAGAGGAGCAAACGAGCCCCAACUCCCUCACGGACGACGACCCAUCGCCCCGCUUCCUGGACCCCUCGGACCAGUUCCUGGACGUCUUCUCAUCGCUCUCCCUCGAGUCCGCCCCGCCACUCUUCUGUGCCGCCUCGCUGCCCUUCUCGGGCCAGCUAGCAGAGAUGGAGCGGCUGAUUGGCCCCGUGCUGUACACCGGGUGCUCUGGGGGCGCAGGGGGGAGUGCCGUGGGGACGACUGAUUUCCUGCGCGCCUACUUCCAGAUCCUGGAGGUGAGUGGCCUGCUGGACAUAGACCAGAGCAUCACGGACCACGCGGUUACCCUGUUCCGAGACUACGUGGUGUCGGCCGGCGGGGCGCGGAACCGCAACAUCGAAGCCCUAGCCACUGCAGCCGUGGUGCAGGCCAUGCGCGAGGCUCAGGAGGCCCGCACCCUCCAGGAAGUCUCCCUGGUGGCGGGGAUUGCGGUGAAGGAGUUGGGGAGGAGUUUGAAGGGGUUGAUGGAGGUGCUGCGGCUGCAGCAGCCUGUCAACUCCAACUCUGUGUCCUUCCACAUGCCCCGCUUUGGAUCCAUCCUGCAGCUCCGCAAGUCCACCCAGGACCUAGCAACGCACGUGGGAGAGGUGGUGAUAUCCAAGUCAUUCUGCACGCGCCGCAACCCCAUCAGCAUUAGCGCUGCCGCCAUCUACCUCGCGUGCCAGCUGGAGGACAAGAGGCGCACACAGACCGAGAUCUGCAAGGCUACCGGCCUCACAGAGCUGGAGGACAAGAGGCGCACACAGACCGAAAUCUGCAAGGCCACCGGCUUCACAGAGGUGACGCUAAGGAAGGUGUACAAGGAGCUGCUGGAGAACAUUGACGACCUGCUCCCUGGGGGCUACGAGCAGGUCCCUUUCCCCUCCCCCUUUGCCCAUCCCGCUGCUCCUGCUGCAACUGCCACCGCUACACCUUUUCCUGGUGCUGCUGCUGCUGCUGCUGCUGCUGCUACCGGUUCUCGUUCAGCCACCCCCGCGGCGUCUGUGGGGACUGCUUCUGGUCUCGGCAGGACGGACAGCCAGAGCUCCUUCCCCUCGUGCGCCAAAUCGCCAGAGCAAGGCUCUGCGUUCCCCUCUUUUGGCGCUCCACAGUUGAUUCCUGAGGGCAGGGCGGAGGCCUGGCAGCAGCAGCAGCUGGGCUCCUCCCCCUUCAAGCGGCCUCCCCUGGUUCUACCCUUCUCUGCCACCCGCCCUCCAUCCAAUCACCCCGCUGUGGGCCCCGGUCUAAGAUUCCCUGCCUCUGCUCUCGCUGUGCCCCUGCCUCCCUCCUCCGCUCCCAAUCCUUCUCUUCUCCACGCCUCUCCUACUGCUGCUGCCCCUUCUGCCGCAACCCUUGGUGGUGGUGGUGGUACUGCUGCUGCUGCUACAGCCGGUGGUGCUGGUGGCGCUACAGCCGCGGCGGCUGGUUCAGGGGGGAAGGGAGGGUUCUCGCUGCUACAGCUGCCGAGAGAACUGGCAGAACCCUUUCCUCGCUCCUCCUCUGAUUCCAGCCUCCGACCUGCUGCCCCGGCUGCUGCUGCUGCCUCUGCUGCUGCUGUUGGUCGCACAGGAGGGUUUGGAGGCAUGGGAGAGAUGGGAGGAGGAGCAGGAGGAAUGGGAGGAGGAGCAGGAGGCGGCACAGGAACAGCAGCAAGUGGGCACGACAGUGGGAGUAGUGGUGGCGGGUUUGGUGGUGGGUUCGGUGGUGGGGGGAGUAGUGGAGUGGUUGUUGGUGGAGGCUCAAACCAGGAGGCCUUUCCCAAAUCCUCCGUGCAGCAGCUGCGAAAUGUCACGGCGAACGCGUUACCAGCCGUUGCGAAGCUGACAAUCAACGAGGCACGAGCUCGCGUGCUCUUCUCGAGGCGUCCUUCCCGGUCCCUGCGUGUAUCCCCGUCACUGUCAGGAGUGCCGACAGCAUCAUCGCCACGUGGCAGCAGACGAGCUACCAGAGCCAUGGCAGGCACCUCGCCUGGCAACAACCAAUCGGAAGAACGCGACGAAUCUUCUGCUUCCGACCUUAGCCGCGUCUGUGUGGUGGGGUGUGGAGGGCUGUGCAUCGACUAUCUCGCCACCGUCACCGCAUUCCCCCACCCAGACGACAAGAUCCGAAGCACCUCUUUCGAGGUGCAAGGCGGAGGCAAUGUGGGCAACACACUCACAGCCAUCUCUCGCCUUGGGCUCUCCACACGCAUUUUCACCAAGCUGGCGGACGACCUGGUGGGCAAGGCAAUGAUUGCAGAAUUGCAGGCGGAUGGCGUGGACACGUCACACAUCAUUGUUGGCAAGGGGGGCAUGUCUCCAUCCACAUACAUCAUUGUGGACCAACAGACCAACACGCGCACGUGCAUCCACACGCCCGGCUCCCCACCUCUGCUCCCCUCGGAGCUGUCAGCUGCUGCCUUAACGUCUCUGCUCUCAGGGGCCUCUCUCGCCUACUUUGAUGGCCGCCUCGCCGACACCACCAUCCGCAUAUGCCAGCAGGCGGUGGCCCUCGGUCUGCCAGUGCUGGUGGACGCUGAGAAGCCCCGAGAGGGGCUGGACGACCUGCUGGCCCAUGCCACAUAUGUCGUCGUUUCCGAGAAGUUUCCUCAGGCAUGGACGGGGGAGGACACCCUGGGAGCAGCCCUGCUGGCCAUGGCAGUGCGCCUGCCAAGGGCACAGUUCAUUAUAGUCACACUGGGGGCAGACGGAUGUGCCAUGCUGGACCGACGGGUGGCUGCAGCCUCAGAGGCACCCAGUGAGGAUGUGGACAAGGCACUGCAAUGGGUGAUAAGAGCCGCACAGGAGAAGGGCAGCAAGCAAGGCAACCCUGCGGUCUUCUCCUCUCGGCCCCUGCGUCUCAAGUCAAUGGCACAAGGGACAGAAGUUGCCGCCCAGCUGGUGGCAGCGACAGCUGUGCCGCUGGAGGCAGGGCAGGUGGUGGAUACCACCGGCGCUGGCGAUGCCUUCAUUGGUGCUGUUCUUUACGCACCGGCGGCAUGGGGUGCGUCGAGGAUGCAGCUGGUGACGGUGCCAUCUGCCAGAGCCGUGUGCCUCGACGGCAGCCCUGCUGGUUACUAUUUCCGCAAGGGGACGGGCACUGGCACCAACAAGUGGCUAAUCUACUUCCACGGCGGCGGGUGGUGCACGACUGCAGCGGACUGCCAGCAGCGCGCCAAGACCUUCCGCGGCUCCUCUCGCUUCUGGCCGAAACCCACGGAUGGCAACUUCACGAAGCUGAUGAACGACUACCACACGCAGUUCACAGGCAUUCUGAGCGCAGACACCAUAACCAACCCCGUUUUUGGCAACUGGAACCUGGCGGUGCUUAUGUAUUGUGACGGAGGGGCGUAUAUGGGGUACAAGGGCCGCGUGGCAGUGGGCUCGUCUCGUGUGUUCUACUCGGGUCGGCGAGUCGUCAUGCUGCUGCUGGAAGAUAUGCUCAAGAUUCGUGGGUUGUCAACAGCAUCAGCAGUGCUUAUAACGGGUUGCUCAGCAGGGGGGCAGGGGGUGGCGGUGAGCUGUGACUGGAUGGCCUCUCGCCUCCCUUCUACCACCACUGUCAAGUGCGCCAUUGAUGCCGGAUACUUCUUAGCAGCAUGUUCAACAGCAGCAGCAUGGAUCAACAUAUUGAGAAUUCCCCUUCACCCGUUCGUUUCGUUGUCGACCAUCCUCCAUCCGUUGCUCCCUCGUCCCCCAUCUCCCCCAUCCUAUCCCCCGCCUCCUUUAAACCAUACCUUCAUCCCCCCCUCCCUGCCACCUGCCCUUCCAGACGAGCUAGACUUGGUGGGACACUUUUCCUUUUGUGGCAUGAUGCAGCGCAUGUUGAUCUCCCAGUGA